GAACGACAGAUAGAUAUGUGUUUAGCCGGACCAGUUGACCCCUUGUAAGCGUUAAAGUGCUUUUUUAAAGUCAUUUCAUAUCAUUUGUGAAUCUUGUCCCAGCGUCAAAAUGAUACGUUUCCUGCUCCUCUUCAGUCGCCAGGGGAAACUGCGUCUGCAGAAGUGGUUCACGCCCAUAACUGAACGUGAAAAGAAGAAGAUCACCAGGGACAUGACCACCAUGGUGUUGUCACGGCAACCACGCUCCUGUAAUUUCCUACACUGGAAGGACUUGAAGAUUAUUUACAAGAGGUAUGCAAGCUUGUAUUUCUGCCUGGCUAUAGAGAACGGGGAAAAUGAGCUGAUAGCCCUGGAGGUUAUUCACCGCUACGUGGAGCUGCUGGACAAAUACUUUGGCAAUGUGUGUGAGCUGGACAUAAUCUUUAACUUUGAGAAGGCCUAUUUUAUCCUGGAUGAGUUUCUAAUGGGAGGCGAAAUACAAGAAACCUCCAAACAAAUGGUGAAUCGCUCCAUUGAAGCCUCAGACAUGUUACAGGAGGGUGACAGCAGUGAGUGGUUUGAGGUGGAGCUCUUUGGAUGACCUUGAAUAUGGACAGAAAGACAAUGGAGGAGUACAUGAGCAAACCUGCAUUUUAACCUGUGGGCAAAAGGACUAUAGGAAGAGCGGGGAGGAAUACAGGAAGAACAUGUACUGUAUAUGAAUCGAAGAAGUUUCAGAAUAUGGAUAUCGAGUUUACUUUGAUUUUAAUGAACAUUUUGAACACUGGCAUACUGAAUGUCUGCUCCUGCCUCGACCUUGGCUGCAAUGUAACUGCAUUCAAGUCUAAUAUUUGUUUAGAGUCAUGCGCUAAAUUGUAGGAAGGGGGAGGGUUGUUUUCACAUUGAUUGCUGUUUUCAAAAUGUUAAUGAAGUAGAAAAAAGGAUCUGGGAUGUAAAAAAAAUAUAUAUUUUAGAUUUCUGAAUGAGUGGAUUAUUAUUUAAGUCAUGUAUUAAUAUAUUGGAAGUGAGUCAUUGUAUUCUUAAAACACUGCCGAUUAAUUUGGGGAAAACAUUUCGUAAUCUCCGUCCACGGUGAAUAUAAUAUAAUAUUAUAAUACAAAAUAAUAAUCAUUUCAGUCUCCAAAACAACCGAUUUCAAUAAAUUGUAGUGAGACUGAUGAUGAUAGAUGUCUUACUAUUUUUAAUCUGCCUAUUCCACAUUGGUGGGACCAUUGGUCUUUCAAAGGAGUCACUGAAUAUCACUUUUUUACCAUGUGCAAUUUCUGAUGUUGGAGCUUAAAAUAAAAAUAUGUAUUUUG